UUUUGUACCGCUCACGAAGCCAAAUUUUCCAAAAUAAAAAAAAAAAAAGGAGGCAAAGGAACGAAGCUGGAGAGGGGACUGAGCGAGGCCGCGAAGAACGACGUUUAUCGAUGUCUUCAACUCCGAAGAGGCGAACGAAAUACAAGCAUAAUCCGAACUCUGAUGUCACUUUUAAACGCGAUUCUUAUGGUUCAUCUUCUGCAGUGUUGCUGAAUUCUAUCAAGGGACCGCCUCGUGAUUUCUUUCCCUCGAAGGAUGAUCUUACUAGGCUAAUUACUGUACUUUUCAUCGCCGGCUUGGUUUUUGUGAGUUGUAACUUCUUUGUAUCUAGACUUGAAACUCGCCGCCCGAGGCCUUUCUGCGACUCCGACGCCGAUUCUUUUGAUUUGCUUUCUGAUGCUUGUGAGCCUUGUCCAAGUCAUGGAGAAUGCCAUGAAGGUACGUUGGAAUGCCUUCAUGGUUAUAGAGAGCAUGGAAGGUUAUGUAUAGAAGAUGGAGUAAUCAAUAAAGCAGUUAAGAAACUUGUAUGUUCAGAAUGGCUAGAAUUUCACCUCUGUGAAGCAAAUGCCAAGUUUUUAUGCGAUGGAAUUGGGAUAGUUUGGGUUCAAGAGGAUGCUAUAUGGGAUGAUCUCGAUGGUAAAGCGCUGGUGGAAAACGACUCUGACAACACCACUAUUAUGUAUGCAAAGAGUAAGGCAUUGGAAACUAUUGGUGGGUUAUUCCAGGCACGGAAAAAUGCUCUUGGUAUCAAGGAAUUGAAAUGCCCAGAUCACCUAGCUGAAAGUUACAAGCCUUUGACUUGCCGUAUUCGUCACUGGGUUUUGCAGCAUGCUUUUCUUGUUUUGCCAGUUUCCUUACUGCUCGUGGGAUGCACACGGUUACUAUGGAAACUUUGCCGGAGACAAUAUCUAACUAAUAGAGCUGAAGAUCUGUACAACCAGGUUUGCGAAAUACUCGAGGAAAAUGCUUUGAUGUCAACGAGGAACAGUGGACAAUGUGAAUCAUGGGUAGUUGCUUCUAGGUUACGUGACCAUCUUCUUUUGCCACGAGAGAGGAAGGAUCCUUUAUUAUGGAGAAAGGUAGAAGAGUUGGUUCAGGAAGAUUCACGAAUAGAUCGGUACCCGAGACUGGUCAAGGGAGAUGGAAAAGAAGUAUGGGAAUGGCAAGUAGAAGGCUCUUUAAGCUCUUCAAAGGCAAAGAGACUGGCUAGCAAAUCCAGUGCCAGAAUGGCGAUGGGAGUAAAUUCUGACGUAAUAUACUCCAAAAUGGAGAACGAGCCGAAGGCAGUAGUUUCGUGACAUGGCGCUCGUCCAUGAGGAUAUUGUAGCUUAGCUGGUUAAUAGAAAGAAUGAAAACAAGAGGUACAAGAUUUGAGUGUAUAAUUAUUAUGUUUUAUUGUUGUGUGAAGUAGUUGUUAAGCUGGUUCUAUUGCGACAACUGGGGCCUGUAGGGGUAUGAGGUACUGUAAUAUUAUUCCCUUUUACUUCUCUUUCGAUA